CAAACUGCAACUGGAUCGAUAGACUCCCUACCCUUGUAAAUGAAGACUGAAGAAUUAUUUACAGCUACAAACUGAAGUCUGUUACUCGGAUCUUAGCAUUAGAAGUAUUGUAAACUCAAGAUUAUCUCAUGGUCAAAAAUGAAUUCUCGAUUUCGGAAAAAUGAUUAACUAUGACUUAAGACUAACAUUAGAAUAUACAAUCUUGGCUUCUUUCUAUUGAAUGUUUUGUUUAUAUUUCGUACUGAGUUUGGAGAUUCGUAAUUUCAGUCGUUGGGAUGGCGGGUGAUAACACUGAAAUAGACUUGUAUGAUAAUAUUGAUGAGGACUUCGUGCAGGAAUGUACCGAUCUCACAGAGUUAUAUGACGAUGUUAUCGCACCAAUUAAGUCAGAGAAUUCUUCUGGCGUUCCAUCAAUGGCCUCUAAGCACUCAUAUAGUUCUUCAGCUCCUCCAGGGCGCCGUGUAUCAGUCUAUGUCGGUAAUUUGACUUGGUGGACAACAGAUUUAGAUUUGCUAGAAGCAGCAUCAGGUAUCGGUAUUAACGAUGUUAUUGAAAUAAAAUUUCACGAAAACCGACAAAAUGGUCAAUCCAAAGGGUUUUGUGUAAUGGUUUUCGGGUCAGAACAGUCCAUGCGUUUGGCUAUGGACAAAUUUCCAAAAAUAGAUCUCCACGGCCAAAAUCCUGUUGUCACAAGCUAUACAAAGCACAAUUUGAGCGUUUUUGAAAAAGCCGCUGGCAGCGACAAUCAGGCUACUGCCCGACCUCGCACGGAAGAAAUGCAGACAAUGAAGGUGUCUGGAGGCACUACUGGUGUUUUGGGGAACCGCUUACCGCCUCCAUUAAUGGCUACACCUACUAUGCCUGCAUCACUUGGAUUCAGUGUACGCAAUAACAGUCCUUUGAUGGGACAAGUCGUCCCAAACGUUCGAAAUGCAGCAAAUCUGUCAUCUAGUAUUCAACAAGCUCUUGCUAAUCACAAUGCACACUCCGGCUUAGGCGGAAAUGCAAACGUUAAUCAAUUGCCUUUAAACUUUCCGGGUUCAACUGGCGUUCUAAUGCCUCCGAGUGGCAUGUCAACAGCAACCUUAGCAGCAAAUGCUACAGGACUAUUACCCUCAAACUUCACUCUUCCUAGCACGAUUGCAACAUCCAUCGCAACAAAUGCUCAUGUGAACCCAAAUUUUUUGACACAACAAGUACCGGGAAAUCCUCCGAUGUUACCAAAUUCUUUGCCACCUGGUGUAAUGCAGUUGCCUACUCAGAACAAUGAUUCCAGUGUAAGACCACAGUUUGAUCAUUACGGGAGACCGGUUAUUCAUACUUAUACCCCUCCUGUUCCAGGAAAGCUCUCUGAAUCAGAGUUCGAAGAUAUUUUGCAGAGAAACAAGACAGUCUCCUCAAGUGCUAUUAACAGAGCCGUACAGGAUGCUGCUGGUGGUGAUUAUGCAAGUGCUAUUGAAACAUUAGUAACUGCAAUAUCUCUUAUCAAACAGUCAAAAAUAGCUAAUGAUGACCGAUGCCGGAUUCUGAUCAACUCUCUUCAAGACACUUUACAUGGUAUUGAGUCGAAGUCUUAUGGUGCUAAGAGCAGUAGUCGAAGACGUCGUCGUUCGUAUAGCGACAGUGGCAGUGAUGGUGGAGAAGGGAAUUACAAUAGCUCCAUCAGUGGUAGUGGCAACAACAAUUCUCGUCGUCACAGAGACCGAAAUCAUAGGUCUCGAUCUCGUGACCGACACGAUCGGCAUGAACGUCACGAUCGCCGCAGACAUUCUCGUGAAAGAGGGUCUGGAAGUGGCAACACUUACUAUGGCAUUGGAUCCAGUCUUCCUCUUCCUAGUGGAUCUGGUUUGUCUGGAAUCCAAUCAGUAGAUGGUUCCGGUCAGACGUGUGCUGGAAAUCUUGGGAGCAGUGCAGAUCGGUAUCGAGACAGUCGAUACAGACAUUAAUCCUAGUUACAUACUCCUCUCAAUUGCCAACCUGGUGACCAGUGUAGCAGUACUUUUGUUUUCUAAUUAAUUUUUCAAUUCGUUUGUUCUCCCAAAUCAUCUGGUUGUACAGUUUGGUCAUAUUUCAAUAACCAUUGACUCACUUCAUUGCUGCUAACUUUUAUGUUCACUAUUUUCGUUGUAUUGGUAGAAUUGGAGCUCAGGAGUGUAACAGGCAAGUGAAAUCCUAUAAUAUAUUUUUAUUCAAUCUUUUUAGCUUGUCCACUUACUCAGUGAUCCGGUUACCAUUGGUGCUUAGUUUUGGGUGUAUUUGUAAUUAUCAUUUUGUACAUUGUAAUCUUGUUAUUCCUUUUCGCUGUACUGUUUUGUAUACAUCACUUGUUAUUGAUUAUGUUUUCGUUGCAUGUACUGACAGCUCUUUGAUAUAGAAUGACCAUCAGCUAACUAUUGGAUGAGUGUAUAUCCGAUUUGAUUAAUGUUGCUAACUUCUCCCUUGAUAAUUAUGUAGAUAUUUUCCCAGCCAACUUCAUUCACUGUACAUUUUCAAUCCCUCCUGUUCCUAUAAAGUGUGUAUAGUUUCUGUAUAUUAUUAAGACAAAUAAAAAUUUGUUUAAUGUGGCAUUGUAAAGCUGAAGUGUUCAUAUUUCUGUAUAUAUCAGCUGUUUCAUAUGUUGUAAAUAGAUACUGAGAACGGACGUGGAAAGUCUUGAAUGUACUUGUUUGAUUUCACUGUAAAUAGUUUUUAUCUAAAACGUUUCUGGUUCCUCAUCAUACCACUUGUAAAUAAUAGACUGAUUGAUGCCCCCAUAACUUUGUAUACAUAAAUAUCAAUAUCUUAACUGUUACAUUCCAUGUAAAUAAUUUUUUUUUCUAAAAUAAAAUAUAUUACUAGUCUUCUUAAUGAAUAUGCACAACCUAAAUGCGUCAAAAUAUGUCUUUUGUCAUUUCGAAUGUCUAACUCUAUUUUUUCUUCCUUUUCAGGUGUACAGUGGUCGUUUCAAAUCGGGUCUAAAUUAUUGUUUUAAUUUUAAAAAAAUAUACUUAUCAUUGUGUC